AUGUGUGGUCAGAAGUCCACACAGGAGGAGACCCAGGAGGAGACCCAGGAGGAGACCCAGGAGGAGACCCAGGAGGAGACCCAGGAGGAGACCCAGGAGGAGACCCAGGAGGAGACCCAGGAGGAGACCCAGGAGGAGACCCAGGAGGAGACCCAGGAGGAGACCCAGGAGGAGACCCAGGGGAAGACCCAGGAGGAGACCCAGGAGCAGACACAGGAGGAGACCCAGGAGGAGACCCAGGGGAAGACCCAAGACACUUUAGAGGAACUACGUCUCUCAGCUGGCCUGGGAACGCCUCUUAGUUCCCCCAGAUGA